AACAGUACGUUGUUUUUGUUCAAUAGAUAAAUUAUUUUGGUUCUCCUUCCUAAGUAUUGCAUAUAUAAUAUAAAAUAUUUUUCAUUAAUUACAGUGACGUCAUAUAAGAUCUAAUUCAUAUGGGGAAAUACUCGUGAGAAUAUGGCCUAAUGCAUCCUAUUGAUGUAAUUUCUAACCUCACCUUUCAUUUACUUCGUUUGCUAACAAGAUGGUGGAAGUAAUGAAUUAAUAAGCGAUAUUUAAUCGAGUGUUGCAAUGCGUGUGAUUUAAGCAGCCAUAUGUAUUCAGUUUUAGUAAUGUAUUAAUUAAAUGUUAUCAAAACAUCAACGUUUUAUAAAGACCUACUCGAAUAUUUGAUCUUUUCCUACUUAACAUUUUUUGGUUUAUUUAUUUUACAUUCAUUACUUUACGUCUUCAAAAAAAUGUCUUCAUUGCUUUGUAAAAAUUCCGUUGUACGAAUUUACCAAGAGGUAAUAGAAGAUGUUAUUGCGGGGAUAAGAGACCAUUUUUUGGAAGAUGGUGUUGACGAAGUGGUUCUUCAAGAAUUGAAGCAAACAUGGGAGACCAAACUGAUGAGCACCAAGGCUGUUCAAGAAGAGACUGCUGAAAAAAAGAAAAUUGAACAUGCUCCUAGCAACGGUUUUCCUAAAGUUGUUAAUAAUCCAAUGCCUCAACAAACUGCUCAACAACCUGUUCAGCAACCUGUGCAACAUCUCCAACCUACACUUCAACAUCUGGAUAAAAUGGUACCUAUUCAAAUUACUCUACCUCCCCAACCGGGUUCAGAUGGAGCACAAAGAGUGUUAACCAUUCACGUACCUGGUUCAGCUCUCCAAGGAAACCAAUUACAGAAAGUCCUCACUGGACCAGUCAUAACGGCUACUAUGGGUUUGCCUGCAAAUAUUGCUUCUUCAUUGCUACAACAGCAUGUCAAUGCCGCUUUUAACAGCCAACAACAAGCAGCAGCUGUAGCUAUUGUAAAUAAAACUAUUCUUCAGAGUGAUGGAGCAAACGAUGAUUAUAUCGAUAUGUCAGAUGAUGAGAUUGGAUUACCAAACAAAACGUUAUCAAGGACUGAUAGAGAUAGAGAAUUAGAGGAAAUGUUAGAAGAUGGAAUUAGUAUAGAGAUUAUUUUACCUAAAAAUAGAAGAAAGAAAGUUAAAGAUAUGAAUAAAAGAACAAAGCAAGAAAUGAUUUGCCAGCUGGAUGGUCCUAAUGAUACCUCUGAUGAUGAUGAAGACGGAUCUGAUGAUGAUAAUGACGAUGAUGAUUUAGACGAUGAUAAGGAUGAAGAUGAUCAAGAAAUGGAAGAUGAAGGUGGCGAAGAAGAACCUCUAAAUUCCGAAGACGACGUCACAGAUGACGACCCCUCGGAGCUAUUCGAUACCGACAACAUCGUUGUGUGUCAAUAUGACAAAAUCAUCCGAAAUAGAAAUAGAUGGAAAUUUUAUUUGAAGGAUGGUAUAAUGAACCUGAACGGAGCGGAUUACGUCUUCCAGAAAGCCAAUGGUGAUGCGGAGUGGUAGUUUUGUGUAUAUUGUUAUUUAAAAGAACAUAUUAAAGAGAAAAUGUUGCCUGUUUGGAUGAGAUGCUAGUUUUUUCGUUUAUAUUGAUUUAAAUUUUCAAUUUUUUGACGGCGUUUUUAUCUUCAGUCAAGUUAUUAAUCGAAAAUUAAUUUCCAUGAUUAUGAUGAUAAAACUAGAGAUAAAAAAUCGGUCAUCAAAUAAAAAUUUUUUUUCUUUUUGUCUAGCGAAUAUUUGAAUAAAAUAAAAAUAUACUUUAUUUAUUCCAAAAAA